AUGAGGGACCGCGAAGCUCUGUUUCUCGGUUCUCUGCCAAGCUUCGACGAACUAAUGGCGGUCAAAGCCAUCAUUCAAUCGAGAAACGACGAUGAAAUAAGCACUAUCCAGCCCUUGUGUUGCAGAGAGUUAAUUUUCACGGAACCCAAAGUUCUUGUGUCACCAUUAAUGGAAGAACGGAAUCAAUUAUUUCUCAUAACUGCGAAGCCAAUGUCUAAGUCUCCUCAAUUUCAAGAGCUACUGCAAAGGCUGAGCAUCAAGAUUACAGAACCAGUAACCUUGACUAGGACUGUGUUUCAGUUCUGUUUUUCUUUCACAAUGAGACAGAAACUUGCACCGUUGUGGAACAAAGCUGGCGAAUUUCUUGUCCAAGGUCGAGACUUCAUGCUGGAAAAUUCAAAGCUAAAUGCAAUCUCUUUGGAAGUAACAAUCACCGACAAGAUUUUCAUUGGAUUGCAACCUUUUUCUCUCAAGUUAACCCCGUGCAAGCCUGAGCAUUUUACCGCGUCAGUAAAAGCACUAGAAGAAUUCCACAGUAACAAAGAAUCUCACAUUAGUGACAUCUCUAUUUCUGACGACUUGUGUUUUGUGUUGCCAAGCCUUAAAAAAGGAAGGAUUGUUAGCAUAACACACCAAAUUCCUGAUGAAUGCCCUUUUACAAGUUACGAAGAACUGCGAAAACAUUGGAAACUGAUGUACGGAUACAGACUUCCACCGGAAGAAAAUAUUUUCUACAAUGUACAGUUCUAUUACAUCAAAGAUAAAAUAUUUACAUACCCAGCUAGCUGUAUUCGAAGCAGCCAAGUGUUAGUGUCUCCUCGCUGUGAUCACCAGUUAAUUUUCAACUCUUUUUUAAGAGACCUUUCAAUGCGCAUGCAAACUGUGUGCGGGGCACCAUUGACUUUUACCUCUUCUCCACUCUAUCCAACGAGCAGCCUUAAACACGCUUCUAACCCAAACCACUUAAAUUUGACAAAGAAAACACCCCCUCAAUUCAACCAAUGUAAACCCUUCACUGUGCGAGGUACAAAAACACCCGAGGACACUCAGAAGCAAGUAGUCACAUCUUCAUUAUCUCGUUUGAUUACGUCUCAGCCGACCUCUCACUCUCCUGUCGUUCAACCUAUUUCACACCUUUCUUCACCAUAUGUACCUUGUUUCACCAGCAGUAGCUCUGUCAGCAGCAUAUCAAAUGAUUCUGACCUAAUUACAGCGUCCUCUAACUCUGCUUCCCAAUUCACUGGCACACGAAUAAUUCCAAUGUUUUCAAGAAAACGAGUGCCGAGCCAUGAAGAGGAACAACAUACAGGUUACAAAAAAGGGCACAAAACAGAUCUUAAAGGAGGAUCUGAACCUCGAGCAAAAACGGCGUUCUCUGGAUUUUUAUCAAUUUAUCACGCUGCUCACACGCACAAAAGCCCACUUUCAAAUUCGUCGAAUUCAUUGCUAGCUUUCCACCAAGCAGAAAUGAGGAAGACAGUGAGAAAUGAAUCGGGAAAUAAAUCAACACACUCGAGCCGCACUCUGCUUGAAAACAGGAACAUUCACGCUGAAGGAAGACGAGGUAUAAGUGAUGGGGCAAGUGAAGAUAUUGGGAGAAGCGUUUCAAGCCCAAUGUGUGUGACAGAGGAUUCUCCCACGACGGUUUUUAAUGCGGCAUCAUUCUCUAGGCGUGACAUCUCCUCCGGCCACAGUCUAAGCCUGUCGAGUCCAAUUUCAAGGUCCUUGCCUCAAGCGAGACCUGGAUUAAUAAUAACACAAGCGCCUAAACGUAGAAAUAUUGCGGCCUCCCCUACAGAUGACACAAACUGCAGAUCAUUUGAAGACACCGCAUCUUCAUUAUCAGUAGCAGAAAAUGGCAGACCGGGCACCAGUCCCUGUCUGCUGAAUGAGCCUCGUUCUACUCCUGUUCGGAUCAAUGGCCUUCCAAAUGAAGGCACGCCUUCUAAAGGGCCAAAGUCAAAGCCGAAACUUCAGGAGAAUGUGGAUGUAAGAGAGCUGGCCGUAAAGCAGCAGCUCCACAAGGUAAACAUGGCGACGUUGAUCAACUGGCUUAAAAAGCGAGGUGUCCCUGUGAAAUCUAAGGACAAGAAAGAAGAGCUUGCCAACAAAGUGAAGGAGUACAUUUCAGUGGUUGCACAUGAACCAUAAGCUAGUGUCGAAUAACUAUCUUUAUUAUUCACCAUCACGUCAUUUUACCAUGUUAAGACAAUGGAACGCACAAAAUAUGCUACGGUAUUACUUUGUAGACGGACAGAAACGAUCCGCGCGAUCUUAGAUUUCUUUUCCGUUUUUUAGACAUGGUUUUUUUUUUCAGCAACUAACUUAAAAGACCACAAGAAUUAUUUAAUGUUGUUUUCUUCUUUCAUGUACUCCAUAUGUGGUCGGUAAGAUGCUCAGAUAUGACCCUACUAGAUUUCGAACACUAGAUGCCACAAGACUAGAAAAUGAAAUAGAUCUGGAGUAAUAAAUCCCCUUUGGUUUAAUAUGUUAUACUAGCGGUAUUUUCCUCAUUGAUCUUAUUUUUCCUUGUCCCCUACGAGGCUCAUGAAAAUAUUAUGCAACUCGCAAAAUAUCAGCACGUACUUUGUAUUAAACCAUUGAAUAAGGUGUAUUUAUUCUUUCCAUUAUCCAUUGAAUCAAGAAAAAUACACCUACGUGCUUUUUCAACCCCUCUAAAAAGAUGGGCGUUGUCAUGACACCUUCAUUAUUAAAGAAGUAGACAUGAAAUUUACUAAGGUAUACAAACAAAUACACGAAGAAGAAUGAUAAUGAAUUGGAGUUAUUGAUAAAACACUGCAAUCGUGGGAUGAAUAAACAUACGUUUUUAUUUCAAUAAACUUCCCGUCUAAAAACGAGUAAAUUUAAACAAAAAGCAGGUUUCCUGAAUGAACGCCCCCUCUUUCAAACACAACGACUUUAUUUUGUACCCUAAAUUAAUUUACAUGAUACAAAAAAUAUAUUACAUGAAAAAUGGAGAGUUUAGACUUCCCAUAAUAACCACUGAGGGCUAAAAGAUAGGGCAGAUUCACUUAGGUUAUUAACAAAUUGUUUAAAAGGUCAGAUACCAUACACGCGCGCACACUACACAAAAUACAAAAAGAAAAAAAGCUAGUAGAAAAAGAAA